GGCAGCGGCGGGGACGCUGCACUAAGUAGUCACCACGCCGGAGCCGAGGCUCGGCUCUGCGCCGCCAGGGGCUAGGAGCGCACUAAGAACUCUACUUUCUCGUGAGCCCGAGCCCGGCAAAUGGGCGAAUGAGGAAGGAGAGCAGGGACAUGGACUGCUAUCUGCGUCGCCUCAAACAAGAGCUGAUGUCCAUGAAAGAGGUGGGGGAUGGCUUACAGGAUCAGAUGAACUGCAUGAUGGGUGCACUGCAAGAACUGAAGCUCCUACAGGUGCAAACAGCAUUGGAACAGCUGGAAAUUUCUGGAGGCACGCCGGCCUUCAGCUGCCCCGAAAACUCACAGAAACAGCCGGAAUGCCCUUGCUGGCAGGGUAGCGGAGGUCCUACCGGGCCUAUGGCCCAUCCUUCCUCCAUCCAGCCUUCUUUUGACAGCAGCCCCAAGUUUCCAUGCCAUAGGAGUGUCUGUGGGAAGGAUCUUGCUGUCCUUCCUAAGACACAGCUUCAGGAGCACAAUAGCUGUACCCAUCAGGGGCUAGAGUGGGAGGAACCAGAUGACUGGACCUCCACGUUGAUGUCCCGGGGCAGAAAUCGGCAGCCUCUGGUAUUAGGGGACAAUGUUUUUGCAGACCUGGUGGGCAACUGGCUAGACUUACCAGAACUGGAAAAAGGAGGGGAAAAGAGUGAGACUGGGGGACCCAGUGAACCCAAAGGAGAAAAAGGCCAGUCCAGGGAGCUGGGUCGCAAGUUUGCCCUAACAGCAAACAUUUUUAGGAAGUUCUUGCGUAGCGUGCGGCCUGACCGAGACAGGCUGCUCAAGGAAAAGCCAGGCUGGAUGACUCCCAUGGUCUCUGAGUCACGAGCAGGACGCUCCCAGAAAGCCAAGAAGAGGAGCCUUUCCAAGGGCUCUGGACGGUUCCCCUUCUCAAGCUCCGGAGAGCCUAGACACACCGAAACCCCUGCCACAAGCAGCCCCAAGGCCUUAGAACCCUCCCGUGGGGGCUUUGACAUUAACACAGCUGUAUGGGUCUGAAUUUGAGAGACACUGGCUGAACCUAAAAGGUGGUCUCGUGCUGGGCCCUGGUGGGAGAGGGAGGGCAGAUGUCAUGGUCUUCAGGCCAGAUGCAAGUUCUCAUCCUCGGAAAGAAAGGACAGCAGAGUUCUUAGUCAGGCCCCACUGAAACAGUGGGGAGAGGCUGUCACAGGGCAGGCUCAGGUAAGAGUCCCUGGAGAGAGUGUGUGUGUGUGUGUGUGUGUGUGUGUGUGUGUGUGUGUGGUGAGGAAGCCCGAGAUGCUCUUGUAUCUCCAAAGUGCAGAGGAGGAGCAACUUGACUUCACCCAGGUGCUGCCAUGAAUCCAAGUAGGCAUGUCCACUUUGCAGAUGAAGCAGCAAUCUCUGAGGUGUCCAAAAGUACACUCAUGACUGCUAGGGGGCAAAACAGGUCAGGGCCACCUCAGGGUUAUUGCUGGACCCUGGAGUCACACACGGCCUGGUCCAACAGUGAGUCCCCAUCCAGACUCCUUUGCCUGCCUUAAUGCUCCUGCAGGGCGGCAGAUGGCUGGUGAGCCCAGAACCAAAACUCAUACAUGGAAAAAAAAAAAAAAAAAAAAGUCCUAGUCCACAUCUCACAGUCACCUAGCAAAUAGAACAAAUCCUGGCCUCAUCUACCCUCACCCUGGAAACCAACCAGGCACCCUCAGGGUGGGGUUAACACCAGGCAUGUUGUGUAGUGAGACCACAAGCAAGCCCAGGAUGGCCUGGGUCCAUAGAGGGGCCAUCUCGGCCCUCCCUCCUUGGCCAGGAGAGGACAAAGUAGGUCCCUGUUCAAGCCCAGCCGCCCUCAGGCUUAGCUCCUCCCUCACCCCUCCCAGACCCAGCUCAGCUUGAUGGGGUGUGACAACUGCAAUUAGAGGCAAGCCGCCUGCUGCCCCCAGAGCAUUAGAGAAAAUUGGAGAAGAAAAAUAACAAGAGAAGCUCUUCUGCCUUCAGCCUGGACCCCCAGGGGACUGAGUGGAGGAAGGGGGGGCUUUUGCUGAAACUGGGUGUAGGGAGGUAGCAGCAGCUGUGGGGAGGGUCAUCUGCACGUUCCCACACAAUCAAAUGAUAGAUGGUCAUUUUUUAGUGGGGAAAGGGUUUUUUAGUUUUAGCUUUGAUCUGUCACUUUUUGCCAGGCAAUGCUCCCAUCUCUUUCAGACCUAGGAUGACCUAGAAUUAUUUCCCCGAUAAAUCAAUGGGUCAAAAAGUCAUAGCGUUCAGGCUGCCCAGAUCAGGCUGCUUGGAAAGGAAAGCAGCUCCCAGUUAGGAUCCCUGGGCAUCAGGCCUAUCUACCUUGGCCUGGAGCUUGUCAGCUGGCCUCACUCUCUCUGGCCAAGCAGGUCAUUGUCCAUCCUGCCUCACCUGAAUUUCUUGAACUGUUGCUGCCUUUGGUGGCUGCAGCAAUGUGUGUAGAAAAUGAACAUGUGAGAAACUUACACCCUGAUUCCUGAAGGGUGGAACACUCAAGAAAUUAUUCAAGAGGGCAUGGACUAUAUUGAAUAGGAAGCCAAGUCACCUCUUCAUCCAUACGCAACUCACUAGUUUUGUGAACUAGUGCUAGUUAACAUCGGCUAAAUUGAUGAACAUGGCCGACUCCUCUCCCGUCUGGGCAUUGCCAUGGAAGAUGAGAACUCAGCGAUGGGAAAGGAACAAGCUGCUCUCCUCCAAGCUACUGAGGCACACAAAGAAAUGGAGUUAAUCAUUACCUGGCUAGAAAAGAGUCAAAGGACCAAAACAAAACAAUUAGGAAGUAAUUUCGGCUUCCAAGAUAAUCCACAGGUGCCGGGCACCUUUGCCUUUAUUUAUACUCUUAUUUCCUUUUUGCUACUACGCCCAGGAAAUGGCUGCUUAUUUUAGCUCAUUUUACCUGAAUAGGGGCUCAGAGAAGUUAACUCCUUCAAGGCCAAACAAUACAAAGCUUGCAUUGAAAUAGUUUGUAAUUGACUUCCAAUCUUGUGUUCCUAUACCUGGCAAACUGUCCAUAUCUGCUCUACAGCUGGAUCAGGAACAACAACAUUUGCCCUCUGAGAUUAUUCACACCUUUUCAUGAUUAACAAGUGGCAUGCUCAUUGUCUAUUUGAGGAAUAUCUGUUGGAGGACUACUGGAGGAAUUUUGCCUGGGCAUUAAAGGGGCUGAUAUAAUGUCCCACUGACUACGUCAUGCUUUACUGAUGAAAGAUGAUGGUAACUCAACCUUAUGUAAUUUUUACUUUUCUGUCCACAUUCUUGGCUCCUGCUGUGAGACAGUGAUGGAGACUGCUCUACUGAAGUAGAGUGCAGAGGUGACUAGCAAUGCCUCAGGCUGUAGUGUUGCAGAGUGCAGGGCAAUGUUUAGGUGGAGGAGACAGUGAAAAAGUAGACAGAGAAACUGACAGCUUAAUUCUGCCUCUUGGGCUCAUUUUCUGGUUAAUUAGGACAUGCGAAUGAGCUGGAAGUUCAUGCUAUACCCUUCUUGGCAUGGAGGCCUGCCCCAUACCUGGCCUAAUUCCUUGGCAGGUACUGAUGGCCUCUGAGUUGGCCUAGGCACCUUCUCAGGGCUCCACCUGCUUGUGGCCAGUCUGUAGAUAUUCUCCAACGACAGCAUCCACGGGAAGAUUCCCUCGACUGCUGGGCAUGGUUGGUAGAGCCUGCCAAAUCUCAUUGUUUCCUCUUUACAGGCCUGUAGAACUGGAACCUCUCUUUUUUCUUUCUAGGCUCUUCUGCAGCCUACCCUUAGGGUGCUCUCUAACCCAAACUGACUCAACUCUGCCUACCAUCCUCACCUGUUCCCCAGAGGCUCCAGAGAGGACCCUAUCUUUCUCAAGUCACCCCAACAUUCUCUGCAGGAUAAAAUCAAGAGUACAGACUGUCUGGGAAGCUGCAGCCUGUGUGCAGCUUCUCUGGAGAAGUGUCCAUUCACCUCAGGUGAACUCUCCAACCAGGGCAGUUAGGAGUUUCUGCCAGCACCAAGCAUUUCUAUGAAUUCCUGAUCUGAGAGUCAAGUAAAUAAGAAUCCAGACCCAGGCCUGUUUUUGUGUGAGCCUGAGCAUGUUGCCUGCCCUGUUGGAGCCUCCUCUACUCUCGUGUGAAGCUGGUUUGAUGCAGGGCUGCUGUCAGGUGCAAAACACAAUGCACCGACGUGGAGUCCACUGUUCCCAACACACAGGUUCCACAGAAAUGGCACUAGCCACCAUCCCCAGCCUAACCACAGACCCCAAGGGACAAUGCUGAAAAUAAACAGUGCUUUCUCUGA